AAACUCUCUCUCUCUCUUGUUGUGUGUGAGGAAAUAAUAAAAGAAGGGUUUGUGAAGAAUUGAUGGGGGAGAAGUUCCACAUGAAGCCAUCUGAAAUAAAAGAAAAGAAAAGAAAAAGAAAAGAAAACAUUCUUCUUUUCAGCUUUUGAUAAUCUCAUCACCACUUUCAAGGUUACAACUUUACUCUUUUUCUAACAAAACCCUUCAAAAUUUUCAUAUUUUUCUUCAUUAAUUUCCAUGGAUACUGCUCAAUGGCCACAGGAGAUUGUGGUGAAGCCAAUUGAAGAAAUUGUGACAAACACAUGUCCAAAACCAAGUGUUUCAAUUUUAGAGAGAAAAAUUAGACCACAGAAGGAACAAGCUUUGAAUUGUCCAAGGUGUAAUUCAAGCAAUACAAAGUUUUGUUAUUACAAUAAUUAUAGUCUCACACAACCAAGAUACUUUUGCAAAACUUGCAGAAGGUAUUGGACUGAAGGUGGAUCUUUAAGAAACAUUCCUGUUGGUGGAGGCUCAAGAAAAAACAAAAGACCUUCUUCUAAUUCUUCAUCAUCUACAUCUCCCACACCACCUAAUUCUUCUUCUCAAUCUCAACCUAAUUUCCCCAAGAAAAUUCUUGAUCAUCAGCUCCCUCAAAACCCUAAAAUCACCCCCUCCCAAGAUCUCAACUUGUUUUUUCCACCCUCAAACAAUCAAGAUCAUCAUCGUUUCACCACUACUAACAACAACCUCUCCGAAAUGAUUCUUGUUGGUAGUAACCCUUCCAUUAAUAAUGCCACCUCUUCCUCCGCUUCUGCGACCACGACAAUGUCGUCACCACCCCCAUCGCAACCUUCGGUGAUGGAGCUUCUCACCGGGAUGGCGAACAACAACAACAACAACUCUAGUAGGGGUUUGAAUUGUUUCGUUCCGAUGUCGUCAGUUGUUGUCCCUGAUCCUAGCUCUGUUUACACGGGAGGGUUUCCUGAUCUUCAUGAUCAAUUCAAACCAAGCCUUGGAUUCUCUCUCGACGGAUAUGGUGUCGUCUCAACCGAGGCAGGUAAUGGUGCAGGGAGGCUUAUGCAGCUGCCAUUUGAGGAUUUGAAGCAAGUGUCUAAUGGAGUUGAACAAGGGAAAGAUCAGCAAGGAGAUGAUCAUAAUUCAAAUGGGUAUUGGAGUGGAAUGUUGGGUGGAGGAUCAUGGUAAAUUCUAGGGUUAAUUAAAUUAUAUCAUUAUUAACAUUUUGGAUCUUUAAAUCCUUUUUAUUCUUGUCUCCAAAUUGAUUUUCUUCAUCAAUUUCAGUCAUUUAACUGAUUUUUUCCAACCCAUUUGCUUUUUUUUUAUUGGGUUUAAGAUUUCAUUGACAAAAAUGAUGAACUUGAAAAACAUAUAAUCAGUUCAAUGACUGAAUUGAUGAACAAAAACAAUUUAGAAACAAGAACUAAAUUCUAGUGAUCAGUACAACACUUAGAACCCUCUUUAUUUUUGAACCCUAGUUUAUUAAUUAGAUUAUAUAUAUCAAUAUAACUUUUUAAAUUUCACUAAAUUUAAUUUCUCUCUUUGUAUUAGCUAGCUUUCUUUCAAGUCCUUUUUCACAUUACUAAUUAAUAUAUAGUUUAUUAUACUAA